GAUUCAUUCUAGUCAAGUUACACAUAUUAUAUAAAUAGGCCAUCGAUAACCAGAGCCUGCUUGAGAAGAGUCUGCUGACCGAGUUGCCAAUGAGUCUGUAAGAUUGCCGUUGCAGUGAGGCAACUGAUACUGCAUGAGCAUAGGGCCAAUAGGCAUAGCCCAUGUGGUCUCACUAUAUGAUUACAUGCGUCGUACAAGACGCGGAUUCCUCGAUUUUGCGACUGGUUGCCUAUCAGGCCAGAGGCCCUUGUGUUCCACUGUUACACCACGUAUAAUCCUAUACUUGACAGUAUUGGUACAAAACUAAGUCCUGAUGACAUGACGGCCGCUGUAAAGGUUCUUCUUUCCUGUUCCCUAGUUUAGACACGAGCAAGAAUCUAUAUCCAUGGCCGAGUCGGACAUAGAAAGCAGCUCUGGGGAUCCCCCACAGCAUCAGCUUCACAAUAUGUUAGAAACCAGCAUCGCGGACUGGUUGGAGCUUGGCUCAGACGCAUCUGCUGCUGAAGAUGAUGCUCCUACCAAUGAUCGCCCUGGGGAACUUUGCAAUGUCAAAACCUUAUACGAGGGAGAAUCCAAAUGUACUUGUUGCAUUAAUUGGGUAGAUGAAUUGCCAAAAGGCAUAGGCCCAUCGGCAGAAGAAGAGAACGAAAGCAGGCGUCACGCACUUCUAAUACGCAUGCAAAGAAGCCAUAACGAUGGAAAACCGAUGGUUCUUCAUUCCAUCGUCAUACAGAGUUCCCACCUCAAGUUGAUCCUAGGAGAACUAUUCGAAGAGUACUCAGGAAUAACUACAACGCUUAAGAACCUGGUGUUCACAGCUCCGUUUCACUUUUUCUUCUACGAAUGGGACCGCCUCGAGAAGAUCGUCCGCGAGAUAGAAGACCCCGUGGCUAAGAGCCAUGCGCGUCUACUGCGCAAGGUCCUGAGGUCCGAGUUGAGAGAAACCAUCUCCCAAAGCAAUGAUCUGAGUCAAAACGGAGUCAUCACUUUCGACUAUCUGUGGACGAUUUUCAAGCCUGGCAUUGAUGUCUACGCCUUCGAAGAUGGGUAUGAUCGCAUUUACAAGCUUCAUCAGGUCCAGUACAACAUGGGAGCCGGUAGUCAUAUAUUCCGCGUGAUAGUCAACGAAAUCAAUUACGAUGGAGACACUUGUGGAUAUCAGUCGAGGACUCUCUCGAUUUCCAGCUUCCCGGGAACGAUGAAAAUCAGCGACCUUGAUAUCUUUCCUGCUUCUUACCACCCGCGGUUAAGCGAGGUUAAGGAAACUCUUCGAAAGCGAGGCGAGAAGUUCCGAGACAUCCACCUUAAACCGUAUUACUAUGGUGCAUACAAAGGCAUCGUUAUAGAUGGAAAGCAAAAACGUAACGUUGACGGAAGAAUCGUGGUCGAUCCUGAAUCGUACGAAAACUUCACCGACACUUGUAUCGACUUAAUACCCCUGGACUCCAACUUCUUGAUACCAGGAAUGAUGGUAACUGACCAAGCGCACCAAAAUGCGCCUCCUCAACCGGGCCCUGUUGGAAGACCAAUUGCCCCCCUAUUGUCCCCUCCGCCACCUGUAUUUCUAUCUAUAACCCAUAGCGCUGGGACAAGACGGUUUGCUAGUGAUUCGCGAAUCCAAGAGCUGAGUGACGACUUGCUGCACUUAUGCACUGGGUAUGGACGGGGAUACUGCUUCAAGAUCAAGAAGUGGGUCAUAUUCCACGUCGACAACAUACAGGAUAUCCAAUGGCGCGACGACGCAUUUGAGAGCCUCGUGCUGGCUGGCGGGUACAAGAACUUGAUCAUGACGUUUGUCGAGAGCCAUGUCGAGAAUAAGGACAGGUUUGACGACGUGAUUGAGGGCAAAGGCCAGGGUAUCAGUAUGCUUCUCGAGGGACCGCCUGGAGUUGGUAAAACUCUGACGGCGGAGGCUGUGUCAGAAAAGCUGAGGCGUCCACUUUACCAACUGGGCGUCGGGGAACUCGGAGCCGAACCCGACAUAGUCGAAGAUAACCUCAACAUGAUCCUUGAAACAGCUGCCAAAUGGGAUGCGGUUCUACUUAUCGACGAGUGUGACGUUAUUCUUGCCGAGCGCAGUGAUGACAGUCUUGGACGAAACAGCAUCGUCGCCAUAUUCUUGCGUCUGCUCGAGUAUUACCGCGGCAUGCUAUUCAUGACUACGAACAGAGUCGAAGCCAUGGACCCGGCUUUCCAGAGCAGAAUACAUCUGACUAUCCACUAUCCCGUCCUGGACGUACCGGCGCGCCGGCAGAUUUGGGAACGGUUCGUCCAGAACUUUUACCAGGAGUCAACUUUACUUCCGCAUCACUUCCUCGAGUUACAGUCCAUUCCACUCAACGGACGCGAGAUCAAGAAUGUUAUCAAGACUGCCCAACUAUUGGCUAGUCACGAGAAGGGCGCCUUGACUAUUGAGCAUGUUCGUACCGCUUUAGGGGUGUCGCGAGUUGGCUACAAGCCUAGUGUCGAGGCAAUAGACUCUGUCUGAACGGGCGGCUUUUAUACGAUGGCGAGUUAAGGAAUGGGGUGCUGGUUUAAGUUAAACGAUUUCUGGUUGUGUGGUGAGGAUUUGGAGCAUCGGGAUCUCUGACAACUUUUGCUAUGAUUCCUGAGUUUAUUCUUGAGUUUAUUGCCGAGUUUUAUUGUUGCAUACAAGGAUUGGGAGCGUAUUCCCUUGGUGCUUUUUACAAAACGUU